AAUAUUAAGAAGUGACAAAACGGUUUGAAUAAAAAAUGACCGUCGAUUAUUGCAGCAUAAAAAUAGCUUUUUCUAAUGCUCUUUAAACAAUUUCUACAAUCUACUGCUAAAACACAAUGCUGGUCAUUUCUUAAUCGUGGUUUGUACAUCAAUAAAAAAUCAACAAGAACAAUGGGGAGUAAAGUGAUGGUGAAUGGUGUUAACUUGUAUUAUGAGAAAGUGGGAACAGGAGAACAUGUUGUGUUACUUGUGCCAGGUGCAUUAGGAUCCACCAAGACAGAUUUUAAACCCCAACUGGAAAAUUUAAAUCGUGACAAGUUCACUGUGAUUGGUUGGGAUCCUCGAGGUUACGGCCAAUCACGUCCUCCGAAUCGGGAAUGUAAACCAGACUUUAUUUUUCGUGACGCAGAAGAUGCAGUUUCGCUAAUGGAGAAUCUUGGAUUCGAAACUUACUCACUGCUGGGUUGGAGUGAUGGGGCAAAUAUAUCUGCAGUUAUGGCAGCUAGGUGGAGUGAGAGAGUUAGGAAACUUGUUAUUUGGGGAGGAAAUUCAUAUUUCACCCAACAGGAGCUUGAACUAUAUCAAAGCAUCCGUGACUUAUCAACGUGGAGUAAAUCAAUGUUAAACCCAAUGGUUGAGGUUUAUGGAAAGGAAUAUUUUGAGAAGACAUGGCACGCAUGGAUUGACAUGUUCACUGAGAUGGCUGGUGGCAGAAAGGAGGAUACCAAUCUUUACAACGAGGAAUUAUGCAAAAUUAAAGCCGACACAUUGAUUAUCCACGGGCAAAAAGAUGCGCUUGUUCCUGAUUUUCACCCCAAACAUUUUGCUAAGAAUAUUCAGAAUUCAAGGUUAGUAGUAUGGGAAGAUGGCAAACACAAUCUUCAUCUACGUUUUGCCGACCGAUUCAACGAGCUUGUACAAAGUUUCCUGCUUGAAAAUACUUCCAAUCUGUGAUGUAACAAUGGCAAUUAUAACAUCAUAUGCAUCAAACUUUUAAUGCAGGAAGGCAGGAAUUGUUGACAUGCAUUACCACUACUUUAUAAGAUAAAUUUGUUUCCAAAUAACAUCUAUAGUGAGUAGGGCCGCUGAAUGUGUUGGUUGUUCUACUGGCAAUAUAAUUGCAUUUUAAUCAUGUUAUUUAUCAUCAUAGUAAGAUGUAGUAUAGACACUACUAUUCCUAUGCAACAUGGCGUAUUAGAUUCUAAAUCUUUAAUUUUUGUGAGUUAUGUUGCAAUGAUUGUGGUCAGAUUAGUCUGAAAAUAUUGUGUGAAUUGCUUCAAGAUGUGUCAUUACAUAGAAGUAGUAGUAUAUACGUGUGUUGAGCAUUUUGACAAGUUAAUAGAUGGUGGGGUUCUAUUGAAUCAUAUUA